AUGGUGUCCCUAGGCGGAGCGUUUUCCGCCUUGUCAUCCAACAUUUAUUUCCCGGGGAUCGAUACGAUAUCCAAAGACCUUGGCGUCAGUGCGACCGACGUUGGUUUCACUAUUACCGUGUACAUGAUUGUUCAAGGAAUCGCGCCCUCACUGUAUGGCGGCAUCUCAGAUGCACGCGGUCGACGAAUCACAUUUGUUGUCGCCCUCGUAGUCUACCUCGCCGCAAACGUGUCUUUGUCUUUCACAUGCAACCUGGCCAUGCUUGUGGUUCUGCGAGGCUUGCAAGCUGCUGGAUCGGCUGCGACGAUUAGCAUCAGCACUGGUGUGAUUGCCGAUAUCGCUGAACCCGAUGAGCGAGCGGGCUUCAUGGGAACCAACUCCGGCAUAAGAAUGAUUGGCCAAGCUAUAGGUCCUGUUAUUGGUGGACUGCUGAACAGUGCGUGGGGAUUCAGAAGCAUCUUCUGGUUCCUCUUCGUGUUCAGUGCGUUGGUUCUCUUGGGACUGUUGGUAUUUCUACCAGAGACACAGCGGACAAUAGCUGGUAAUGGCGACGUGCCUCUUGUAGGGUUUUACAAACCCUGGUCUUAUUUCUUCCACCCACCCAAGGAAUGGACAAACGCUUCUACCCCACCACCAAAGCUAGAGAAGCUCUCUUGGAAGACCAUCAUUGAGCCAUUGACUUAUAUCUUUAGAAAGGAUGUUCUAGCUCUUCUUUCCUGGGGCGCUCUUGUGUACACCAUUUGGAGUAUGGUCACGUCUUCAACCACAACAGUGCUACUUAAGACUUUCCCCGACCUUACACAAUGGCAAGUCGGCCUUUGCUUCCUCCCAAAUGGAAUCGGAUGUGUAAUUGGGUCGGUAUGUACUGGUCAACUGAUGGAUCGAGCUUUCAAACGUGCCGAGACUCGAUACAAACAAGAGCAUGGACUCGUCAACGUCGACGUCAAGUCCUGCCGGGACUUUCCUUUCGAACGUGUCCGGUUAUCACUGCUUCCUUAUUUCAGCGUGAUUUUUAUCGUUUCAAUGGGGCUGUACGGCCCGAGCUAUGAGUUCAAUGACCUCAGGAGGCAUUUUGCGGGAAAUCUGGUUGCAUCCCUGGGUCUGCAGUUCAUCAUCGCAUCUACCGCAACGGCCAUCUUCAACAUUAACUCGACAAUAUUGGUAGACUACUUCCCGGAUAACUCAGCGGGUGCCUCAGCGACAAAUAACCUGUGCCGUUGCCUCCUCGGCGCUGCGGGCAUCAGCGUCAUACAGCCUAUGAUCGCCAGACUCAAGAUCCGGAACGCGUUUCUUGUGCUCACAGCGAUUGCUGUUUUAUUCUCACCAUUGGUCUGGGUUCAAUUGAAAAUGGCAGAGAAACGGAGAAUAAAGAGUCUUGAUGCCUAA